UUCUUCUACCGGCUUCAGACCUGGUGGGCUCCUCUGCGUAGAAGCGCCCACCCCUCCUGAGCCCCGAGAAGGUUCUGAGUAGGGGAGGUCUCACCUGAGUCCUUGCAUCGGAGCUGAGAGAGCGGAGGACACCGGUGGAGAGUCAUAAUCCUUGUUCCCCGCCGCACCUCGAGCCUUUGCAGGAACGAGGCGCUCUCCCACCCCCCACGAUGGCCACUGCCUGGCCGAGCCCCGCUAGGACCACGAGCGGACGCUGGAGCGCCGCUCUCUAGCCGGGCUCAGCGCCUCUUUACCCCAGGCCGGCGAUGGGGAGCAGCGGGUCGGCUCUGAGGGUCUGUGCGGACCACCGCGGGGGCAUCAACUGGCUGAGCCUGAGCCCCGACGGGCAGCGCCUGCUGACCGGCAGCGAGGACGGCACAGCCCGCCUCUGGAGCACCGUGGACGGCCAGUGCUGCGCGCUCCUGCAAGCUGAAAGCCAGACGAGGUCCCUAGAGGUGAUAGGCCCAGAGCUGGCAGACACAGCUCCUCCCACCCUCUGUCUGUGGAUCCUAGUUGCCAAUGACCAGCUCUUCAGCAGUUCCUAUGACCGGACAGCUCGUGUGUGGACUGUGGACAAAGGGCAAGUGUCCCAAGAGUUCCGGGGCCACCGGAACUGUGUACUGACACUAGCCUACUCUGCUCCCAAGGACCUGCCCCAAGAUCCCUGCUUGGAGGCAGCCAUGGGUGGUGGGCUCCUAGUGACUGGCAGCUCAGAUGACACAGCCAAAGUGUGGCAGGUAGCCAGUGGCUGCUGCCACCAGACUCUUCGGGGCCACACAGGUGCAGUGCUGUGCCUGGUGCUGCAUGUGUCCAGCCACACAGCCUUCACAGGCAGCACUGAUGCCACCGUUCGCGCUUGGGACAUCCUGAGUGGGGAGCAGCUGCGGGUUUUCCGGGAGCACCAGGGCUCUGUCAUCUGUUUGGAGCUCACAGAUCGGCUCCUGUACUCGGGCAGUGCAGACAGAACUGUCAAGUGCUGGCUAGCUGAUACCGGGGAGAGGGUGCGCACCUUUCCAGCACAUAGACACAGCGUGAGUGCCCUCAAGUACCACGCAGGCACCUUGUUCACAGGCAGUGGGGAUGCCUGCGCCCGGGCCUUUGAUGCCCAGUCAGGAGUGCUGCAGAGGGUGUUCCGAGGCCACACCUUUGUCAUCAACUGUCUCCAGGUGCACGGCCAGGUACUCUACACAGCUUCUCAUGAUGGUGCUCUGCGCCUCUGGGAUGUACGUGGUCUCCAGUCGGUGCCACCUUUGCCCCGCAGGCCAGCAGCCAAGCGCAGCCUCUCACGCCUCUUUAGCAACAAGGUGGCCUGUGCAGCCCCAGUGCCCCUACAGCCAGCCUGAGUGGCUGGAGAGGAGACAGACCCGAGGCCUGUGUCAGGGCAUGCACCUGCCCUCAUGACCUUUCCCACUGUGGAGGAAGAAACAGCGCCUCUCAUCCAUGCUCUGAACCAAGGCCUUGCUACCUGGAUACUUCUAAUCAAGGCAGGGCAUCCAGCUCUGAUAGCUGAACCCCGUGCUGCCAGGCUCUCAGCUGAGACUUCUUACAAAAGCCACAGAGCUAGACUGUCAUACUGGCAAAUAAUGUGCCGUGGGGACCCUCCUGAAGAACUCAAAUACACAUUCCAAGUGCUCUCA